AUGGAUUCCAAGAAUACAGGAAUUUCCAAAAGCAGCAACGGCAGCACUAACAAGAGUUCGGCGGCUUCAUCUUUAGAAUCCAACAAAUCUAAUGAAUCAUCAAAUACUAGUUCCUCAGGUGCUCCAAACCUUACUGGUAGAAAAGCUGCUCACUCUUUAAGGUUAUUCAGGCAUGAUAAUAGUAGUGGAUCAAACAUUCAAUCUGGUGAAGCAAAUAAACAGCAAGAUUUGAUCAAAUCCCCUUAUAAAACUCCAAAUUUAUUCCCUACAACACCAUCAUCAUCCAAAACUCAUAGAGCUAGCAUAUCAGUAUCAAAACUGGGAAAAGAUCUGAAAUCAUUGAAACCGUUCAGUGGCAAAAACACUGAUUCAUUGGAUUCCCCAUUUGAUGAAAGUCAUGAAUCUAAACAUCUACAGCAACAUUUAAAUACAUCACAAAGACCUCCACAAAGACAACGGCAAGCAUCUUUAAUUUUACCAAAUGAAAUCAGAUCUCAUCACUUUGAUCCUCAAUCUUUACUGGAUGAAAUCAAUCAAAAUGAAAAUAUAAGCACACUGGAACCUGUUUCAUCAGCUACAUAUAUUCCACACAACUCAGAAAACCAUCAUAAUGUUAAUCAAGAUAACAUUCCUCAAACAGAUGAUCAUAUUUUCAAAGAUUUCAAAUUACCACUACCCAGUAAACCAUUUAAUCAAGAUGAUCAAAUAACAGCAAGAAGUGACGAUGGAAGUGUUGCUACAACUGCUACGACUGUUAAUAUUGACGAAUUGGAUACCAACAUUGUUCCGAGAAGAGAAAACACAAAUCCAAAUAAUACAGGUGUAACCUUUGCAAGUCAUGAUGAAACAUUCGAAUUUGAUCACCCUCAUUUAGAUGAUAGUGCAAUCGUAUCUGAAAAUGGUGAUGCACAAUAUGAUGAUGGAGAUGAAAACAAUAAUUUUCAAUUAGCUGUGGAAUUAACACCUUUCAACAAUAAAGUUGGUGGACAUACUGCAAUAUUUAGAUUUUCUCAUAGAGCUGUUUGUAAAGAACUUGUCAACAGAGAAAAUUCCUGGUAUGAAACUAUUGAACAAAAUCAUGAAGAUAUUUUGAAAUUUAUGCCACGUUAUAUUGGUGUUUUGAAUGUGAGGUAUACAACUUUAGUCGACGAUAGUGAAGAUUUGAAUGAUUUCAGAUUAGAUUCUUCACCUGCACUGCAACCAAUAGAUGAACAUCAAAUAAUGAAUCAUGAAACUUCAGCUCCAAAUACUACCAAACUGAGACCAACAAGUUCAUAUAAUGAACAAUUACCACCGGAAGUUGUCUUGGAAGACAAUAGACAUAUUAUCCCAGAAUCCCUUUGGGAUGAUUAUUCAACUUCUGCACCUUCAGCUGCUUCAUCAUUUUCAUAUCAUUCUGAUAUGGCAAUGCCUCAUUCACCUCUGUUAUCACCAAAGUUCCCAUCUUCUACUCAACAAUCACCUGCACCUUCAUCUGGUGCUACAACUGUUAAUAGGAAAUUACAAGAGUUGGUAUUACAAGAAGUUUUUGCGCCAAUUAAAUCCAAGAGAAAUUUAAGGGGUUGUUUAAGCAGUAGUAGUGUUGGAAGACGUCAAUCAUCAAGUCUGACCUCUCCUAAGUUACUGGCUCAAAGAAUGCAUUCUACUGGUAAUGUUCGCUCUCCACGUCUGAGUAUGUCAUCAACUGAUUUUGAUAAACCAAAACUGAGUGAUGAUGCUGGUUUAAAGAAAAAUUAUAGGUCUUUAGUAGACUUACAAAAGCUGAAUAAUCAAAAUCAAUUUGAUGGAAGCAUAUCUGCUGGAAGUGCUAUUGAAACCUCAUCAUGUGAUAAAAUAAAAUUCCUGUCUAGACCACCACCAAAAGUUGAAAGAUCGAAUAGUGAUAACAUCUUUAUGAUGGAUGAUGAUGCUGAUGAUGAACAAGAGGCACCAAAUACCCUGGAAGAAGACUCAUUAUUGAAUUCUUCAGCAAUUGUUGAUGAUAUGGAAGAUACAUUUUCUGAUCAUAAUAAUGCUAUUUCACCAAAUUUACAACCAAAGCGUAAAAAAUUCCAAAGAAUUGAAAGAUUUAUCUUGUUGGAAGAUUUAACCGUUGGUAUGGCAAAAGCUUGUGUUUUAGAUUUGAAAAUGGGUACAAGACAAUAUGGUGUUGAAGCUACACAGAAGAAGAAAAAAUCACAAAGAAAAAAAUGUAAAAAUACAACUUCAAGAGAAUUAGGAGUAAGAAUUUGUGGGAUGCAAAGUUGGGAUGAAAAAGUCAAUAGAUUCAUAUCUAAAGAUAAGUAUUAUGGUAGAAGAGUGAGAUCAGGAUUUGAGUUCGCAACUUGUAUUUUAAGAUUUCUUUAUGAUGGUACUUCAAAUCAUAGUGUUUUAAUCAAAAUUCCAACACUUAUUGAAGAGAUUAAUAAUUUAGAACUUGCUGUUCAAAAAUUAGUUGGCUAUAGAUUGUAUGGUUCUUCAUUAUUAUUGAUGUAUGAUGCUGAAGAUAAGACAAAGAUCAAGGUUCAUAUAAUUGAUUUUGCACAAUGUAUAACACUGGAUAAUCAAAUGAUUGUUGGAUCAACAACUUAUCCACCAAAACAUCCAAAUGAGCCAGAUAAUGGUUAUUUAAGAGGUUUACAAUCAGUCAGAUUUUAUUUAUCUUUAAUAUUUGUUCGUUUAACAGGUUAUGCGUUUACCACUAAAGAGGAAGCUUUAAAUAUAAUUCAAAAAGAUGCUGAAAGAUUCCAAAAUGAAAAUAGUGAUUGGAUUGAUGAUUUUGAUAAGCACCUGGAAGAUUUACAUGAAUACCCAGGAGGAAUAUUUGGUGAUUUAUUAAAUGAAAUACCUCAAUUUGCAUUAGAUGAUACUGGAAAUGUAUCAGAAUGA